GAAUGUGUCGAUACUAUCACCCGAUCACUAAAAUCCAGCAGCGAGUUUCAGUUCAGCAGCGAGAUACGGUUCAGUCGUAUUGGACGCGUACUGAACAGAAAAUCAAUCAUUCUACCUUAAGCGAUGCAGAGAACCACACCACUCAGUAAGUACUUAAGCUAUCACCUUUCCAAUAUCCUCAACUUCCAUCUUUCAUUUGCAAUAACCCUUCCUACAAACUUACUUCAAAGUCAAGAUCAAGAAAAACUCAAAUCUCGACAUUCGAAUUCCAACCACAACUGCAACCAAAUCAAUUCUUAAACCACAAGAACCUCAAUCUUCGUUCCUACAACGAUCAAUCUUCAAACGUCAAAGCUAGUUUUCUUCAACAAACUUAAUCAUGCCACGAAUGCUCGAUUUACCAGUUCAUUACACUGACGCCCAAUGGCGCGCAUUGAAAUCUAAAGCCAGAAACAACCAUCCAUCUAUCACACCUAGAAAUGCGGAAAUUAUCAAGGAAACCAUUAGAGUCUACGAUGCUAUUUUGAAAGACAAGGAUCCGACACCUCUUCCUGAAUUUGCAGAUUCUAUCACAUAUGACAAGAGACAAGUCAACAAGUUUAUACUCUAUGAUAGACACACAAAACACCGUCAUAUCACAGUUAUGAGCCCUUGCUAUCUUCCCAAGCGUCGCCCCGAAGCUCGCGUUGGCAAAGUUCAGAAGCAGGUAGACACGAUCAUCAAACCAACAAGAGAUCCUAGAGGACCCACAUAUGGCUUCAUUAGAGGACCCGAAGUUGCUGCAGUCGAAGACGAAGUUGAAGCAGAGAAUUUGACUGUAGUGGAAAAUAAAACCGUGGGUGGGAAAAAGGCUUCGACUAAGAAGAACGGCCCGGCCGGGAAGAAGACUCUUGCUGAAAAGAAGAGAAGUGCACGUUCGAAGUCGAAAUUGGGCGGCAGCGAUGAUUUCGUUAGAAGAAGCUCGAGAAGAAUCGGUGGCGCUGCCCCAGUGAGUGCUGGUAUCUUUAUCAAUGAGGGUACCCCUGAAUCUGAUAUUAUGAAUCGGGAAUUGAGCAAGCUUGCGGACUAUAACUCUCCGGGGUCGAAAGAAGGUUCCCACGAGGCCGAUGAGAUGGAUGUCGACUUCAAUUUUCUAAACGGCCCUCCUAUCCCAUACAACCAUACUAAUCUCACCUACAAAUCUCCAUACGCAGAUAUCCCAGACGCUGAUGAAAGCUUUCCAAGUGGCCAAACCACUAUCUCAGCCCCAAGUACAGUUAUUCCAGACGAUGAAGAUAAUUUUCCCAGUCGUCAAACCACUAUCUCAGCUCCACGUACAAUCAUUGAAGAUACGGAAGAUAGGUUUCCAAGCCGACAAACCACCCUAUCAGCUCCACGCUCAGUCGUUCCAGACGCCGACGAUAUGUUCCAAAGUCACCGACCCACCAUCUCCAUCUUAGCUCCACGAUCCGUCAUCUCAGACGCCGAUAACACAUUCCAAAUCUACCGAGCCACGCUCUCAGCUCCAAGUAGAAUCGUUUCAGACAUCGAUGACAUGUUCCUAAGUCAUCAACCCACCAUCUCAGCUCCACGCACCGUCAUCUCAGACGCCGAUGACAGUCUUCCAAGUGGCCAAACCACCAUCUCGUGUCCCAAUAGUGUUAGUUCAUAUGAAUUUAGAAUGGCGAUGGGAGACCAGUCCUAGAUAUUUAGGCAGCUGAAGUUUAGAGAAACGAUCGGUUCUUCCUAGGUUUGAUGAAAGAUCAGCCACUUUACAUAAUUGCCGGAUCUCGAGUUCAUAAGGUAUCCUGCA